CAACAUCACCCACCCCUCUCUGUCUACAGUAUCUCCCAUCUUCCUGCCGUCUCUAUCUCCCCUCUCUGCUCUGUUCCUGCCAUGAAGAUGAUGGUGACGAUGAUGAUGUGAAAAUGAGGCUGGCCAAUGAUCAGGCAUGAAGGGCGUACAAGGGGCGUGCCCACAGUCCUAGCUUGGGGCUAAUUCAGCAGUCAGAGAAGGAGGAGGAGGAGGAAAGAGUGAGGCAACGGAGAAGGACCAUCUACACAGGCUUAAAAAAAGGAGGAGAGGAGGAGGAGGGAGGGUGGAGGCUGUCACCUCUCCACGGGGGUUCAAUCUGUGUUGUCAUGGACAAAUAUCGACCAAAGAGACCCACCACGCUAGCUCUUAUGCCACAGCGAGCACAAGCCGGCACCCAGGACACCAUCAACAACAACUCUUUAGGUAAGAAAGACAGCUGGAAGGACUCCCGAUCUUCAUCACCACACAUUACAGGGGAUCGAACGCAACCUGAUAGUCAACCAAAAGCAGAGGACAAAGUCAGACCUUGUACCCGCCGCCCUGCCCCUAAAGCACCAACCAGCAAUGGGUCCAACAGCAGAGCCAGCUCCCAAGCGGCAGCUGGCGGAACGCAUGUCCGUCCACGGGAAAGAGAGCCAACAGGGGCCACACACACACAGUCCUUUAGCACACCGAGCAGCCAACGGAGAGGGGGCGCGGUGGGAGGAGGCAGAGGGAGAGGAGGAGGAAGAGGAGCAGGUGCGAUGAGGGAGAGAAACUUGGGGGAAAUCAGAGGAAAGGAUGGGGUGACAUCAGGGAAGGAAGAAAGAAGAGGAGGAAGACUGUGCGAUGAGUCCAAGGGCAAGGAGAAAGAGCGAACAUUAAACCACAGAGCUAAAGAAACAAAUCGACUAAAAAGCUCAGGGGCAGAUGGAAAGGGAAAGCUAUGUGCUAAAGGGGAAAACAAAGGAGGGCGGGGGAAACUCAACCACUCGCUUUCUAACCAGGUUUACUUGACAGCCAUGGUGGUCCCACGCACACCUGUAGCACCAAGAAAAGAGGACAAGACCAAGGUUCAAGGCCAAAACCAUGACAGGAAAAGUUCCCAAUCCAAUAGCGAGGGGGGGUCCAACAGAAUGUCCAUUAGCUCAGACACAGAGGGACCCCCACCAGAACCCCUGCAUCCCCCUCUAUCCCACCGAGCUAACCCUGACAUCAGAGAAGAAGAGGGAGAAGGAGCUCUAUCUUCCACUGGGAAAGCCCAUGAUAGUCCAGAAUCUUUCCUUGAAGGUGAAACUAAAUCAGAGAUAGACUGUCCCCCGUCAGAGGCUGAGCCAAGGCAAGGAAAGGGUGAUGAUAAGAGUGAGAGCACUGAAAGUACCAAAUCUAUCUGUACGAGCGAUCCGUUAGCUCCACAGACUAUACCAAAGAGUGAAGCCUCUGCAUUGUUAAAUUAUGACUCUGUUAAAUACACUAUGGUGGUUGAUGAACACGCCCAAUUGGAACUGGUCAGCCUCAAGGACUGCUUGCACAGUAAGAGCGGACACAAGGAAGAUAGUGAUACAGAGACGGUCUAUCAGUCAGCCAAUGAGGAGGAAGACCCAGAGUAUAAGGAGGAGAGGAAGAGAAAAGAGGAAGCAAAGAAGCAAGAGUGGAGGAAAGAAGAAGAAAUGAGAAGAAAGGAGGAGGAGAAGAAGAUGAAAGAAGACUUGAAGCGGCGGAGGGAUGAGGAGGUGAAGAGGAGGCGGGAAGUGGUGGCAAGGGUCUGUAAGCACCCCAAGGCAAUACCAGCCAAAACAUCGGAGGAAGAGGAAUCUAAUGGAGGAAAAGCAAGUGCACCCAGAAGCAAGAAGUUUCUAAACCUGUUCUCUACUGACAGCGACUACAGUUCUACUGGUGCUGGCUCUUUUAGUAUGUUUUCCUGUGUGUUGGAUGGAGUGGAGAGACAGCAGAGCCACAGAGCUGUAUACAGGUUUGUUCCCCGCCAUGCUGAUGAGUUGUACCUGGAGACAGAUGACCCAGUCUUAAUUCUCAAGCAGUCUGAGGACCUGUGGUGUCAGGGUUACAACAUGAGGACUGGGGCUACUGGAAUCUUCCCUGCCUUCUAUGCCGUCAGGGUGUCCAAAAAUACCAACAAAGGGCAAAAGGAUGGUUGGAUUGAACAGUUCCUGGUGCGAUUCCUGGGUUCCGUUCAAGUCCCCAGUCAUAAAGGCAACGAUGUGCUGUGUGCUGCCAUGAGGAAGGUUGCAUACAAUAGGCGGCUAGCGGGACAGCCUCCCUCAGCCUGUGUGCUUGAGGUCAGUGUGAGAGGUGUGAAGAUCAGUGUCCAGGACCAGUGUCACUCUGCUCACAGGGGAGAACAGUGUUUCCAUUUCUUCCAUUUGAAGAACAUCUCAUUCUGUGGCUGCCAUCCAAAACACAGCAAGUAUUUUGGUUUCAUCACCAAACAUCCUGACCAACAUCGCUUUGCCUGCCAUGUGAUGAUGGCAGAAACAAGUUUACAUCCUCUGGCCAAGUCAGUGGGGAAGGCCUUCCAGCAGUAUUACAAGGAACACAUUGGCUACUCUUGUCCUACCGAAGACAUCUUCAUUGAAUAGCUCAGCUUUUCCUGUUUAGUGACACAAUGUCCUAAAUAUUGGUGAUGUGCAUGUCGAAAACAUCUGUUCGUGUAGCUUCAUCAUCCAGGUCAUGGUAAUUCACAAAGGCUGAUUCAAAGGCAAGUGGACAAAAACAACAGACAUAGCAAUCGUUUGUUUCCGUACAUAGCCAGCGUGUCACAGAUCGGCAAGCACAGAAUCCAGAUGCACUGCAAACCUUGCAGCACCCUUGGUACUAACUGCUCUACCCUAGAAAGAAGAGCUCAGUCAUGAUGUAAAUGUCAAGAAGCAUCUGAGUGAGCAUAUGGCACAAAAGGGUAGCAGUUUUUAUAGAUACACAAGUACGUUUAUGGAGCAGCAAACAAACUGCACUAGUCUCACCCACAGUCUAAGGUCCUCUUUAUUCUCAAGUUCCCUUUUAGCAAGCUAACAGACACAGCAACAUUAAUUCAUGCUGAAUUUUUUUUCUUGGUCAUGUUGGUGGGUAGAGUUCAUAAGGUUUACACAGGAAGACUUUUGUCAGUGAUGAUACCAAAAUAUUAAUUCUACUGAUACCAAGGUUUCUGAUACUGGUAUCGAUCCUCAUUGUGUAAUUCAAUAUAAUUUUAACACGGCUACAGAGUCUUAAUUGUACACUGGUACCGAAACCCAAAACAAGGCCAUUUUUUCCAUAGGAAAUGAUGUAAAUCCAACGAAUCCUUUCCAGACACCGAAAAUAUUAACAUAAAAUACAUUUUUAUAGAGAAUAAUAGUUUUUUAUGCCGAUAACAAUACAAAAUAAUUAUAAAUGACAAACAGAUGGCGAGAUUGAAUUCUAUUGUGUUUUUCACCUUUGUCAAAUUGCUCGCAUCCUUUUUUGUCCCAUUGCGGGUUAUUUAGCAGUCGCAUGCUAUAAAAAAAAUGUGGCAAUGAGUCAGCAACGCAUAAGGAGUAAGCGCAAACGGACUCAUUUGUUACGUGCAGCACUGUACAAAAAUUGGGACAGUGUAUGAAAACUGAGGCAACAUUUUUGAAGAAAACCGAAUCAUACAAAAACUGGGGCAUACUAAAACCGAGGUUUGACUGUAUCAUGUUGAUAUGAUAUCAUCUAGUGCUUCAGUGGUAAAUGGGCAAAAUUUUAACUUUAUAGUGUCAUAGAAACCCUGUGUGUCAACAUCCCAAUGGAAACAAAACAUAAGCAUCGUAAAUUUGUAUAAAAAAACGAAGUCAGAGUUUGUAAUCAAUAUAGUACAGGCCAAAUACACUUAAAUAUAUGUAUACUUACUGGCCAAAUUUUAUUUAUUAUACCCGCAUUACUGAUAAGUAAAAAAGUAACUACUGUAUAAGCAUCUAUUUUUGCAUAAAAAACCCUAAUUAAAUCGUUAGUGGUGGGUGUUGCAUUUAGUAUAAGCAUUGGUGUCGGUAUUAGCGAUACCAAGCUCUCUUUUACAUGAAAAAUGCUACAUACUGUUACAUACUAACAUGUAUAGAGUAGUUUCCCCUCAACUGAGGUUUGUGUCAUAACAAUCGUCUCAAACUAACGAGACUCUCAUGAUUUUUGAAUGAAAGGUCUUCAACUGCGAAGAAGUCCAAUUGCCUUUGAGUCAACCUCUGUGUGUAUGCAGCCAUCUGCUCUCCAAUUUCUCCCAUAGAAAUGUCUUGAUGGAUGAUUGGGACCACAUGUCAACAUGUCCAAUUGUAGCAUACAGCACAACUGCCCUGGAACAUGCAUAUGUGAUACAUAUGCACUUUCUUACACCUAUAAUGUUCAGAAGAAAACAGUCAUGUUUUGAAUAUCAACACAGACACAAUUUAGUGACAGAAAGGUGGGUUAGCGCACCAAUUUGUGAACUUGGCAAGCUGUAUAGAAUCAUCUGUCAAAAAAUACUCUAAACCGUAAAUUCCGGUGUAUAAGCCGCACUCACUAAAUUUAGAGGAAAAAACAGAUAUGCAGAUAUACAUAUACAUAGAUAUACUUAUGUCUAUAAGCCGCACAUGUCCACGUCAUAAAAUGGCAUACUGUGGCAUGCACGACGGCAUGUCUGUGAGGACCAGGCAGCUCUUUAUUUGACAGUAGCCAACCAUGAGCUAUGAAAAAACUCACGACGAGCUCCGACCCAUUGGAAAGUGCAGGAGGUCAUUACUCAAUAUAAUAGUCUCACAGGACUCGCAGUCAUCUUACAAAGAAUGCUAAAAUCAUCAAACAGCAGCUUAACACUUAAAAGGUAUACCUAAUAAAUAAAUGGAUGGAUGGCACUGCAAGACUGCCUCUGUCCAGCAGAGGGAGCCAGAGGAGCCAAGAGGGAGGCUGAUGUCUUUACAGCGCCCAAGCAGGCACCAAUGAAUGCGUUCCUCAGAUGCAAUACAUUAUUGGUAAACAAAAUUUUUUUUUUCAUUUUAAACUUCUAUUGGUACAUGCUUGUAUAUUUCUCAUUCAUACCUUUGAGUGUUAAGUUGCUGUGUGAUGAGUUUAGUGUUCUUUGGAUGACACAGUGAGUCAGACUGUUAUAUUGUGAUACUGAUAAUGACCUCCUGCGAUUUCCAAUGGGUUGGCAUGAGUGCACUGAUAGGCUCCUGCUAAAGAAAGAGCUACCGCUUCCUCACUGACUCACGAGCGGCACAGUAUUUAAACAAUUAGUGGUAGUUUUGAAGUAAAGGAAAUGUCACGAGAUUAGAAUUUAGCCAUAAAUAGGCAGCACCGUUUUUAUAAGCCGCAGGGUACAAAGUUGAAGAAAAAGGUAGCGGCUUAUACCUCGGAAAAUAUGGUACUGUACUGUGCUGUAUGUUCCUUUACUUUCCCAUGUAUUAACAUAAGCUCCAAUUUGCCAUUGGUGCAAUGCUUAUACAUUUCAUUUUUGCAUCAUCAAAAAGGCACAUAGUGUAUACAUAAGUGAGAAAUGCAAUCAAGAAAUAAAGGAAAGCAAAGAUAUGAAAUGUGCAGAGCAGCAGAACAAGAGGAAGGAUGGGCAAAGAGCUGUCACGUCCUGACAUAAAUAAGUAUCCCUGUAUAAUGCGUUUCAAGAUGAGCACAUUGUCCCUGUAAUACGUAGGGAUUAUUGAGCAAAUGUCAAACUAGCACAUCCCUACGACAGCAGGAAUAGAUGAUUCUUCAAGGAAUGAGCUGUUGCACACUGUUCUUCAUGGACUAAAAUGGCCGUUGCAAAACAACUUUUGCAGGAGUAGUUUAUCCAAAGGAAAGAUACAAGAGGAUCUUUGCUUGAAAGCAAAGUUAGUUUCAAAUUUGAUUAGAAGGGGCAUGAAGCUUAUCCUCCCGCAGGUUGCAUUAUUUUUCGUGGGUUUUCAGAAAAGUCAGGUUAACUGCUUCGACUGCAGCUUGCACGACAAUUCUUCCAGUUGUCGUCGCUCUUCUGUCAUUAAAUUGUCUCUGUCAUCGCCUCUAUUGUUGAAAGACGUUAGUGCUUUUAUUCAUAAGGUACAAGGGUCCUGUUUGUUUCUUUGCUCGUAUGAGAACAGUGUUUUAAAAAAAAUCCAUAUAUAAAAGUACAUCUCUUCACCUUACAACUCCCAAGACAAUCUACUGUCGUUCAAAUGUCGCCAAAUGACAUUUGAUUUUUAAGUUGUGUUCCUUACAUGACCAUUUUUCUUUAAGGCCCAGGUGACUCAGUGCAAUCUAGUGUGAUGUUCAACACUGCAACCUUUCUGCAUCAUCCUUAACACACACUUUAUUUCGGUGUUGCCUGCUCAAAUCUGAUGAUGCCAGGGUUACCCCAUGAAGCACUCCCUAUAUGUAACCCAUAAGAACCCAUGUCGCUAACACUUUAAAUGUCCUAAAAAUCAUCCCUGAACUGCACAGCUUUGGACUUAACUCAUUUGUUCCAAAAAGUUUGACGAAAACCAGCACAAUUUAUUUUCAUAGAAAAUAAUGCAGUUCAUCCGUUCCAGACACCGAAAAAUAUUAACAAAAAAUAAUUUCAUAUAUGACACUAGUUUUACAUGCAGAAAACAAUAAUGACAAAUGACAAACGAUGGAUGUUAUUGGAUUAGAUGGAGGUUGUUGUUGAUGCAGACUUCCCGUAUAUCUUCAAAUUCAGUAGUGUUUCUCACCUUCUUUACCAAAUUGCUGGCACUCACAACUAUCUCUGGCCCCGUGGCAUUGCACUAAAUUAAAAAAAAUGCAGGGACAGUGAGUCAUCAAAGUGUAGGGUGCUGAAUUUGGCCACUCGACUUCAUGGAACGACACAGUACAGGGCAAACGGACUAGUUUGUUACGUGCAAUAUUGUACGAAAACUGAGACAAAAUAUUGGUGGAAAUUUUAGAUGAAAUCGUGUGAAAAUUGGGGCGUACCAAAAACGAUAUUUGACGGUGUACUAAACAUUUUAUAGUGGUUGUCAUGUGACUAUCCCAGGAAUCGGGUAUCAGGUAAACCAGGGGCGUAUUAGUCAUUUGGGGGCCCAAGUUACACCCAGUCAUUGGGGCCCUCCACAUCCUGGUACUGCACUGCCAAACGUUUUAUUCUCACCACAACACAACAUCUUCAAUGUGGGCAGCAGCUAGAUACAUAGCCAUGUUUAUAUACCCUUCCGAAAAUGAUUUUAAAUAUUCAUGUUUAGCAUCUACUAAGUUAGUUGUAGAUUAUUUCCUAAAGCUUAUUUUUCAUCACAAAUAUUAAACCCAUUUAAUAUUUCUGAAUGCUUUGAUGGGGUGCCAGAUAUUACAAGUCAACUGUUAUUCCUCUAUUUCUUGAGUAAAUUCUUAAAUAUUAUUAUAUACAUGAUUAUAGAAUGAAAUAUCACUGUGAUUGUAUAUGUCACGUGGGGCUAUGGAAAGCCUCAUGUGACAUAUUUGUCACAAUAAACAUGGUGGUAAACCACUCAAUAUAUUUCAUUGUUCAAAUAUUAUGUUCUUUUGUGUAAUUCAAAGGGCAUUUAUGGUAGUGAGCUGUCAAGUAGACUUAUUUGCAAAUGAGAAAUAACAUGUAUAUGUGCAUGGCUCAGAUCAAGGGUACCCAAGUGUUACAUUUAAAAUUUUAAACUCGUGGAUAGACCUUGGUAAUGUUCUCAACACAAACUUCAAACAUUGCAAAACACACACCCAACAUACCAGAGCUCGAGACAUCUUCCAUUUCCCAUAGCAACACUCCGAAGUUCACGCUUUCUUAAAUGUAAAGUACAUAACUCGGUGUCCACUCGGUGUUAGACCUUUGUUCAAAUCUUAUUUUAUACUCUUUUAUACACAAAAAAAUCACUUUAGUUGCAGAGUUGAGUAAUUAUUCCACGAAUAUAUACCAUUUUAAUCAUCAUGGUGUUUGUUUUUCCAUGGAAUUAUGUUCUUCAAAAUUUUCAUCGGCAGGCGGACACGAAGGUUAUGUACUUUUCACUAAUGAUUACACAAGAGUUAUUUUUUUUUACACUGAGAAUAUUUGAAUAAAACACAUUAGAAACCAAUUUCGGACAUCAUUCUUUAAUUCUAAGUACAAAUCAUGACAAAAUUAUCAAAGAAAAUAUUGUUUAUUUCACAACAAAAGUAGACAUGCUUUACAUGUAACAUUUCAAUGUCCAUAUAUAGACACUUUUUUAGAACAUAGCCGUGCUAGCGCAAAAUAAAAACAUGAACAGGCUUAAUUUAUGGUUUGGUAAGCUUCCUCACUCUAUAAACGUCAGAGUGAUAGGGGUAGUACACAAUGUUAGAACAACAAUUUCUAAUACUACUCAAGUGAAGUUGAAGACAGCAAAGGGUACCAGUAUUUUACAAAAUGUGUUCCACUUUUUGGGACAUCCCCCAUUAUUUUCCUUUAAGCAGAGUCUGGAUUCUUAUGGGUUAAAGUUGAAAUAUUGACUGGAAUGGAAUAUAAAUUCAUAUCAGUGUAUGAAAAAUAACAGUGUAGUUUGGCCCUGUAGUUUUGGCCCUGUGGCGUGGCGUGGCUCAGGUGGAAGAGUGGUUGCCUCCCCACCUGAAGUGUUGGUGGUGAGAUUCUCUGUCCUCCUGUGACCAUGUCAAAGUAUGCUUGGGCAAGAUACCGAAUCCCCAGUUGCUUCUGAUGCUGCGUCAUCAGUAGGUAAACGUGGUAACAGUGUCAAAGCCGCUUGAGUACUUGGAAGGUAGAAAAACACUAAAAAAAACAUUUCCAAGGUACGUAAGUAUUUAUCAUCAGAUUUAAGCAUGUAAUACUACUAAUAAUCAUGUUUUAUACUAAAUAGUGCCUAACUAUUUUUCUUUGUAUGAUUAUUUCUGAUGUGUGUAAAUUGUUGUGUUCUUGCAGGUUGAUUACUUUGUACAUUUAAGGUGACUGACAAGAAUAUUUAUUUCCAUGAAUGAUAAAAAAAAAAAAAAAAUCCAGAGCUUUUCACAGUUGAUCUAUUUCCAUGCCAGUCAUUCCAGAUUGGUUGUUGUGUGCACCAGAAAGUGGCUUUUUAAUUUCACCUCUUUGAUUUCAACAUCUUAGGGAUCUAAUGUACAUAAUUAAUAUACAUCAUGUAUAGAGGCUGUAUGUAUGUACGUAUAGAAGCUAUAAAAUCUGGAGGAAACACUGCAUGAUAUAGAUGUUGAUGAUGCACAGAGUGGUGUUGAUGAUGGUUAUUCUUGUCAAUAAAUCACAUUUACAACAGCA